AUGGAGGAGUUUUUAGGAGUGAAGUACGUCUUCGUCGAUUCGGAGAACUUUGAGGAAUAUUUAAUAUUCAUUGGUGUCGGAUACAUAGCCAGGAAGGCUGCGCUGACACUUCGCCCCAGCCACAGCUUGACACUCAACGAGAACGGCACCUACACCUUCAGUUUCAACUCGAAACUGGUCAGUUCCUCCGUGACUUUCGCCCCGGGCGUCGAAUUCGACGAAGUCAAACCGGACGGGGUCAAGGGGUGGUUUCGGGCUGCGCUCGGCGGGGGCGAGGAGGGCGGGGUGGGGGUGGUCGUGGUAGUGUCGCGGUGUCGUUGCCGUGGCAACGCGGCGCCCGGACGCCGGAUCCCGACGCCCGCAGUGUCGGCCGCCGCGCCCGCGCCCCGCCGCGGAGGAUUUCAACUUAUGGUCACCGUGUCGCUCACCCUUCUGGCCGGGUCGAUGUGGCGAUGGGGUGGGACGGGGUGGGCUCGCACCUUUUGUUUAGGACCCCACCGUACACCCCCCCCCCCCCCCUUCAUUUACUCGCGCACCGCUCUCAAUGUUGUUUGCGAACGGUUUAGAUGGGGAGAUCGAGAAGAAAAAAAGCAACACGACCGCGGCCGCGGCGAAUCGAUAACGUUGACGCGCCACGGCGUCAGGCCCCGCCCGCAUUUCGCGCGAGAGGUGACGAUUGGCCGGGCCAAUCCGGCACUCGCGAGAAGACGGAGCUCAAUUAACUCCGAUGACUGUACUCGAGCUUCUGAAUCGAGUCGAGAGCUUGCAAUGGGGCAAUUAGCGAGUUCUCAAAGACGAGUCCCGACCCCUGCGGUGCGUUGG